CUGACAAGACUUCAGUGUUGGGUCAGAAACGAAACAAGAAAGAUGGGCUUGUAAAAGGGAAUGUGAAAUAUCAGGCGUUAGGUCUUUGAGUAAACUUUGUAGAAGGGUAAAUAAGACAACAAGUUCGGAAUACUUUUAGUACGAAUAAACGGGAUUAAAUGAAAUUCAAAAUGUUGGAUAUAGUUGUAGAUUCAAAUCCGAUCAUGACAGGCAGGUUGUCCCCGCCAAGACCUUCUACUUUGAUGCUCGACAAUGGACAGGAAAUGGAUCUCGACAUGGAGAUGCUGGAUGAGGAAUACAACUUCAACAACAACAACAACAACACCAGCAGAACCACUCAACAACGGAACCGGAAAAAGAAGAAAAGAGCAGCUGACAUUCCUGUAAAGAAAUUUAUCGACCUGUAUAAGCCGACUGGGGAAAUUUUGGGUAAUGGGGCGUAUGCAGCAGUCCGCACAUAUCGCAAUAUAGAGAGCGGCAAAGAGUAUGCAGUGAAGGAGAUCCAGAAGGACACGAUUCGGAGCCGAAGCAAGGUUUUCAAGGAGAUUGAGAUUUUUCACGUGUGCCGAGGGCAGGACAGCAUUCUGCAGAUGCAUGAGUACUUUGAGGAAGAAGAGGCCUUCUAUCUGGUCUUCGAGAAGAUCCCAGGUGGCACCCUCCUCGGAAACAUCGAGCAGCGCGGACAGCUGAAUGAGCUCGAGGCGAGUCAGGUUGUCCACUGCAUCGCUAAGGCUCUCCACUUUCUCCAUAGCAAAGGCAUAGCACAUCGCGAUCUCAAACCUGAGAACAUCCUUUGCGAACAAUGGGAUGAAGUGGUACCAAUCCGAAUCUGUGAUUUUGACUUGGCCAGCGGCAUUCCACUUAGCAGCGACAAGGACUCCUGCAAGACUCCCGAGCUUCUUACGCCCGUGGGGUCGGCAGAGUACAUGGCGCCCGAAGUGGUAGAUGCUUGGGUUGGGGAGUCUUUCUCCUAUGACAAGAAGUGCGACCUCUGGAGCCUGGGUAUUAUUCUGUACAUCAUGCUGUGUGGCUACCCACCAUUCUACGGCCAGUGUGGCUCUGACUGUGGCUGGGAACGGGGAGAAAUGUGCAGCUUGUGCCAGGAGAUGCUCUUCACCUCCAUCCAGGACAGCUUCUACGAGUUUCCUGAGGCAGAGUGGAGCAACGUGUCUGAGGAGGCAAAGGAUCUCAUCCGCCACCUCCUUGUGCGCAACCCAAGUGAGCGCUAUUCGGCAGCGGAAGUGCUCCGCCACCAAUGGAUUGUGAGUCCUCCGGCUGCUACACCUCUCGCUACCCCUAAAAUACUUACAAGGAACAACAGUACAAAAGAUCUGGAAUCAUUUGCUGAUACAGCUAUCUCCAUAAAUAGAAUGAUGCAGCAGCACCUUAUCAUAUCAGAGCCACCAAAGUUCUUUAUCAGGGAUGAUGCCUUCGAUGAAGGCUUGGAAUUGAACGAUGAAAUCCAAAACGAUGACAACGACGAUGAAGAUGAUGGGUUUUGUGACUUAAACAUGCCAUCAUUCAGGUUGUCACCUCCGUGUUCGGAACUUGCGAGGCGACGUCAGCCUCUCGAGGCGAGAAUAAGUAUCGGGUCUUCAGGGUUUGAGAGUGGCAGCUCUCUGCCUAAUUCACAGUCCUCAACUGGUGGACUCAUCAUGUUUUAAGCUGAAGAAAAAACAAAACAAUUCUCCACUGGGUGGGGGUGUGAGGACAAUUUGAUUUUGAUAACUCGUCAUCUAUCAUAGACUGCGUUCCAUCACAAAAACAUCAAUAUAUAUAUACCUCAUGCUGUUAGGAUGAUUCGAGAAAUACAAAAAAACGUGAAAAAAAACUAAUGGAAAUAUAAAUAGUCGAUAUUUGUUCUGUACAAAAGUUAUUGUUACAGUAUUGACUGUUUUCUCACUGAUAUUUCAUUUUGUUUUCUUAGCAUCUAAUGGAAAAACGAAACUUUGAAAUGCGACGGUCAUUCACAGCUAGUGAGUGCAAAAUGCUUACAUGUGCUAGUUCAGCAUUGUUACCUUGUUUGAGAAAAACACUGUGCUAUCAAGAAUCGAAAAGUGCGAGGACAGAACUUGUUGUAAAUAUAUAUAAAACCAGACUUUGUCAAGCAAGGUGAACUGCUAAAGACAAGAGAAAGCUUAAAAGUUAAGAAAAAGCUUGAUUAUCGAAAAAGUCUUUCAGGAUGCCUUAUAUGUGCAAGUUGAACAGAUGCCCAGUUUGAACUGUUAUUGUAAAAUUAUAAAAACAAAUCUCUGUUCAUGAAUACUCGUAGAUCUCUGAAUCGCUGCUUUCGCCAUCACACAGAGAUACAAACAGUUCAAACUAUCAUUCCACGUUCAGAGACGCCAUUGACAGUAUUUGUGUGUUCAUGUCAUUUUUGGUGCAUGGUUACUCCGGUUUCCAUGUAGCUCAUGUUUUACAUUGACUUCAUGUUUUACUUAAGCAAGUCUGUAUUUGCUUGUGGAUGUUUUUUACUGUUUUAUACGGUCAGAAAGUAAUGAAAUCGUUCCAUCGACUCAUUGUUUCAUCUUUUACCUAUGCUUUUUUGCUAAUUUUUGUGUGUGAAUAUUGAGUUAAAAAUGUGUAACAGCUUACAUUUCUUUUAAUAAGGGUUAAAGGUACUAAAAAAAAUUGUGCAAAACCUGUACAUAGAUCUAUUCAAACUAUUUUUUCUUCUUCUUUUUUUAUUUAUAUAUGUACAUUUUUUCCUAUUUUUUGAAGAUGAAAAACCUACUUAAGUUUCCCCAUUUGAUAGAUGUUGUAAUUAUCCAUAAUAGGGCAAAAAAGUGAAAUUAUUUUUGUUACAUAUUAUAGUGGCCAGUUUUGGGAUAAAUGAUGAUGCUCUGUGUAAUACAUGAGUUUAUUGUUUUAUUAGGUUUGUCAUGGUUUACUUGAAAAUUAGGAGUGAAUGAUAAUCUCUCUUGAGAAAAUAUUUAUUUAUAUUUUUGUAUCCUGUUUCUUAUUUUCAAAAUUUGUGUAGUUAGUUUAUUUCUCUCAGCUAACAUAAAUGGCAAAAUCAUAUUUCUUCAUCUAAGUCAAAUUUACUCUUUUUAGGUUUAGGUAAAAAAUUAGACAAAAUAAACAGCCAAGACAUCUAGAAAAUUCCAAGACCUCGAUCAAAUCUUCUGUGUGUUUGUGAUUGUGCAUCUGUAUUACUACUUUGUUAUAACAAUGGUGAUUUGAGUGUACAUUGUCAUCUGGUGGAAAGUGCUUACAUGUCUGUUGGCUGAUUCUGUGAUAGAAAUUCUCUCUGUAUGUCUGUUUAUGUACAACAAAUACGCUGAACAAAAGCACACGGGUCCAAUAUAGCAGAUACGGACCUACAACAAGAGUAGAUUAUUCAGUACACCACUUGAUAACACCACUUGACCCAUUGUAAAAUACUGCUCAACAUGAUGAAUAUUAGCCAAAAUGUGUUUGACCUUUAAUGGUCCAAUUGUUACAUCUGAUUUUUCCCAAUGAUUAACUUCAAGGCAAUCUGUGGUUGUACAGAUGUGAAUGUUUUGCUCUAGAUUUUAGACACAAUUGUCAAUUUCUUAAUUUUGUUUUAUUUUUACUUGCAAUGAUAACAAUAUUUUGCAAUAUUUUAAAUUCAAUAUGAUUGCUUAUAUCAAAAUCAUCCAAUAGAGCUUCCAUGAUUAAUUAUUUUGCUUUCCCUAAUGCAUUUUAAAUUAAAAUUGAAAAUAUAGCAAGAUUAAGGCACGCAGGUAAAUUUGGUGAUAGAAUUUGAUGUAUGUUUUUGUUAAUUUUUGUGUUUUGUCAAUUUAAGGUGUAAACAAAAGGGACACAUUCUUCAAAAAGAAAACAGAAGAGCAACCUAUAUGUAAUUAGCAAAUGCUGAAAAGUUAAACAUUUCGAUUAGUGUCUGUGUCCCUCUUUGUUUUCCUUUGAAAUCUCUGCAGCAGUGUAAGAUGGUUAGUCAUGAUCUCAAACUGUGUAGCUAUGUCAUGGUGUUGUGUUCUGCCACUUCCUUCCCCAAAAAUUCCACAGUGCAGGCCAUGGCACAGCAAGCUUGAUUGUGUAGAAGUUUCUAUGCACUCGCUCGAUGCAUGCUGUGUCAAGGUCACCCCAUUGUUUCCAUCCAGGGGAAGAAAGUUUGGCAAGUAGAGAAAAUCUGUGAUAAAAUCCUAAACAUCAGUUCAUGAUGCUUAAAAAUAAGCAUAAUUGUGUGUCAUUGUUUAGGAAAUUGUUGUAACCAUAUGUUAAACCAAUGUAAGAUUGAAGUUCUUUGUUAAUAAUAUUUUCCCUGUUCAGUUUUAACUUUUUACUCUGGACAAUAUUCAAAACCUCAGUUGCUGUAGUAGGCUUACCAGUUUUAGUUUAUGUUAAAUGAAAACUGCUUCAAUUCUACAUUGGUAUUUUGUAAUCUGCUGCAGAGUCGGUCUGUUGAAGAACUGGAUUGUUUUCAUGAUUCCCUGAUAAUAUGGGACCAAUGUUCGAAUCCUAUCUAAAACAGACUGGUAUGUCGAAGUUAGUUUUGCAUUCCACAGUGUUUUGCCAAGUGUGCAAAUAUGAUUUUGAGACUGAUUACCAUUUUCAAUGUCUCUAAAGGUGCAUAGGUAAUGCCACCAAGGAUUUGGUUUUGUGGUUUGCUUUUGAAAUAUAUAAUAAAAAAUCUUGGGAGUAAAUAAAAUCAUAGAAAAAAGUGCAAUAUUUUGAAAAACUAGAAAAUAUGGAUGGCUUAAGGGCUUAAGGUCACUUGUAUUUUUUUAAUAUUCUAUUUUAGUUAUUCUAUGAAAAUAGCCCUUUCUUAACAUUUGAAUAUGAAAAUAUCAAAUAUGUUUUAUUACAUUGUAUGCAGAGCUAAUACUGGCUUGUACUAAGUUUCAGUAUGUCAUGUUUAUUAUCACGUUCAUAAUACAUGUGUUAUGCUAACAAGUACAGAAAAAAUCAUAUGAGUUGAUAAUAGUUUCAUUGUACAAAAUUUUACAUUGAAAUGGUAAGAACUGUUAUAUAAUUGUGUCCAUGGUAACCAACAUGGGUAUUUUAAUGUUGUUAUGGAGAAAACAUCCGACUCCUGUAGAAGGCUUAUUGUCUCAGGGUGUUAGUGUGGUUUUCUGACUACCCAGAUUUAUAACAUCUGUUAUUGAAAUAAAAGUGCCAUCAGAA